GGAACCGCCGCCCGCAGCGAGGAAGCGCCCGCGCGGGCGCAGGCGGCCGGGAUGGCGGGGCCCGGCUGGGGUCCCCCGCGCCUGGACGGCUUCAUCCUCACCGAGCGCCUGGGCAGCGGCACGUACGCCACGGUGUACAAGGCCUACGCCAAGGUGGGUGCCGGCCGAUGGCCCCGUGCCCGCCCGAGCUAGCUCGGCUGGUGCCGGCCGGGGAGACUCUGAGAGGUUAGCGACAGUGUGGGAAUAGUUAGGGGCGGGAGGCCGGCCUCGCCCCAGCUGACCCUCGGCGGAGGUUGGAGCCGACUGCCACGCUUAGGUCUUAAAGAGGGCACCUGCACCCACCUGCAGGGUCAGUGGCUGAAGAACAGGCUCAAAACAGGUUACCUGGUGGGCUGGGAGGAGUCUGGGACUGGAGCCAGUUAGGAGGCAGAGUGGGCGGUUCUAGAACCCUGAGUGACAUGCCUCUGCCGAGAGCACUCCAGAAUGCAAAGAAAUGGAUCAGCUAGCCCAGGGUUGGAGAAGACCAGGCUGAGGCUGUGUCGGGAAGCCAGGAUUCCAGAAUCAGCGUUCCUCACUGGCCUCACAAGGGAAAGCUGGGAAGCCCGGUGCUGGUGUGCAAAGGACACUCGUGAAGUGGUAGCCAUAAAGUGUGUAGCCAAGAAAAGUCUGAACAAGGCAUCGGUGGAGAACCUCCUCACGGAGAUUGAGAUCCUCAAGGGCAUUCGACAUCCCCACAUUGUGCAGCUCAAAGACUUUCAGUGGGACAGUGACAAUAUCUACCUCAUCAUGGAGUUUUGCGCAGGGGGCGACCUGUCUCACUUCAUCCAUACCCGCAGGAUUCUGCCUGAGAAGGUGGCGCGUGUCUUCAUGCAGCAAUUAGCUAGCGCCCUGCAAUUCCUGCAUGAACGGAAUAUCUCUCAUCUGGAUCUGAAGCCACAGAACAUUCUACUGAGCUCCUUGGAGAAGCCCCACCUAAAACUGGCAGACUUUGGUUUCGCACAACACAUGUCCCCGUGGGAUGAGAAGCACGUGCUCCGUGGCUCCCCCCUCUACAUGGCCCCCGAGAUGGUGUGCCAGCGGCAGUAUGACGCCCGCGUGGACCUCUGGUCCGUGGGGGUCAUCCUGUAUGAAGCCCUCUUCGGGCAGCCCCCCUUUGCCUCCAGGUCGUUCUCGGAGCUGGAAGAGAAGAUCCGUAGCAACCGGGUCAUCGAGCUCCCCUUGCGGCCCCUGCUCUCCCGAGACUGCCGGGACCUACUGCAGCGGCUCCUGGAGCGGGACCCCAGCCGUCGCAUCUCCUUCCAGGACUUCUUUGCGCACCCCUGGGUGGACCUGGAGCACAUGCCCAGUGGGGAGAGUCUGGGGCGAGCAACCGCCCUGGUGGUGCAGGCUGUGAAGAAAGACCAGGAGGGGGAUGCAGCAGCCGCCUUAUCACUCUACUGCAAGGCUCUGGACUUCUUUGUACCUGCCCUACACUAUGAAGUGGAUGCCCAGCGGAAGGAGGCAAUUAAGGCAAAGGUGGGGCAGUACGUGUCCCGGGCCGAGGAGCUCAAGGCCAUCGUCUCCUCUUCCAAUCAGGCCCUGCUGAGGCAGGGGACCUCUGCCCGAGACCUGCUCAAAGAGAUGGCCCGGGACAAGCCACGCCUCCUAGCUGCCCUGGAAGUGGCUUCAGCUGCCAUGGCCAAGGAGGAGGCCGCUGGCGGGGAGCAGGAUGCCCUGGACCUGUACCAGCACAGCCUGGGGGAGCUGCUGCUGUUGCUGGCAGCGGAGCCCCCGGGCCGGAGGCGGGAGCUGCUUCACACUGAGGUUCAGAACCUCAUGGCCCGAGCUGAAUACCUGAAGGAGCAGGUCAAGAUGAGGGAAUCUCGCUGGGAAGCUGACACCCUGGACAAAGAGGGACUGUCGGAAUCUGUUCGUAGCUCUUGCACCCUUCAGUGACCCUAGAAGAAUGAUUGGACAGAUGUGAGCCAUCUGGAGCAGAGGGGCACUAACCCAGGCUGACGCCAAGAAUGAAGUGGCCCACUGCAGCCCUGGCGAGCAGGCUUCUUGGAUGGACAGUGCUGAGACUCCCAUAUCCCAGAGUUCCCAGCCUCCCUCAGGUUACUCUGCACCCCACAGAUGGUUUGAUGGCUGUGCUGUAUACUGGAGGGGAGGGCAGGACUCUGGGAGAACAGCACUUCUUUCAUGAGACCUUUGUUACUCGGUGGUUACUGGGUCCUGUGCCUGUCUGUUUUGGGGCAUGCAGCCGUCUAUCGUUUUUGGCUCCGAGAAGAGGGCAAGGGGCCCCUGCAGGGUACUUCUGUGCUUGCCCUCACCCUGCCAGCAGGCAGCUGUGCCCCUGGCCUGCCCUUCCCGGGACCCCUUAUUCCAACUCAGCUCCUCUUUGCACUGGAAUGGGGCACUCCAACACCCCUCAGGGACCACCCUCCCCACAGUAUGCACUCAGCCCCACAGAAUCCACCAGUCUUUCUGGGAACUCACACCUGCCCGCCAUCUUGGUACUUUAAGUUAAUCCUUCAAGCAUGAAAGUUGUAUCUUUUGGGGUUUAAGAAGCCCAAGCCUUGUUCCUGCCCUGGCCUAGGGAGCACUCAGGAGGGUUCCUUGGUCCUCAUCUCUCCCACCUCCGUUCCCUUUGGGCCCUACACUAGCCACAGCGCAGGCCUUGUGCUGGAGUUUGAGCCUGGGACAGGGAGAGGGAGGCUUGGAGACGGUCUGACCCAGUGCCCUCUAGGCUACCCACUUCUAGGCCUGCUCUGCCGCUGUGGAGCCCUGGGCAAGCUCUUUCCCCUUUCUGGGCCUGGGUCUCCCCAUCUCUUCAAUGGGGCUGAUACCUUCACAGCCCACAGCAUGGGCACUUAUGAGGACAAAGUGAAUUUAACCUGGAAAAGAAUGUAUUUGAGAAUUUCUUUUAAAUAAUCAGCGGGUGUUGGUGAUUUGUAGCCCUUCUGCCCUUAAAUGCUUCCUUGGGCAAGAGCUGUCCGUCCUCCCUGCAGGAGGCUGAGUGUGAAGAGUAUCAUUCAUUGUUUCUCUAUUAAAUUAUUUUCUCUA